AUGCUCACUGUGGUGGCUCUGCUGUUGUUCCAGUGGGAGACAGGCUGCUCAGGGAUGACCCUAAACUCUAUACCUCUUCCCCGAGCCUCUCACAACGACCCCUGGACCAGGGGAGCAGUAGCUUCCCACAGACAGAGACGCAACUGGGUGUGGAACCAGUUCUUUGUGUUGGAGGAAUACACAGGUGAUGAUCCUCUAUACGUUGGCAAGCUACACUCAGAUGUGGACAAAGGUGAGGGAAGGGUAAAGUAUGUGCUGACAGGAGAAGGCGCCACCUCCAUUUUCACCAUAGAUGAGAACACAGGGGAUAUUCAUGCUACCAAACGCCUGGACCGAGAGGAACAGGCCUAUUACACGCUGCGGGCCCAGGCACGGGACCGAAACACCAACCUACCUGUGGAACAUGAGUCUGAGUUUGUCAUAAAAGUCCAGGACAUCAACGAUAAUGAACCCAAGUUCCUGGAUGGACCAUACAAUGCUCAGGUCCCUGAGAUGUCUCCUGUUGGCACAUCUGUCGUUGAGGUAGUGGCAACAGAUGCCGAUGACCCCACCUAUGGAAACAGUGCCAGAGUGGUCUACAGUAUCUUGGAAGGACAACCCUAUUUUUCUGUGGAACCAAAGACAGGAAUCAUCAGGACUGCCUUGCCUAACAUGGACCGGGAAGCACGGGACCAGUACCUGCUGGUCAUCCAGGCAAAGGAUAUGGUGGGACAGAUGGGUGGGCUUUCUGGCACCACGUCCGUUACAGUCACCCUCACAGACGUCAAUGACAACCCUCCCCGCUUCUCACGAAAAUCCUAUCAGUUUGCGGUACCAGAGUCGCUGCCAGUGGCAUCAGUGGUGGCUAAGAUAAAGCCUUUGGAUGCGGAUGUGGGGCCCAAUGCCGAGAUGGAGUACAGAAUUAUUGAAGGCGAUGGCCUUGGGAUUUUCAGGGUGUCUGCAGACAAAGACACUCAAGAAGGAGUCAUAACUCUUCAGAGGAAUUUGGACUUUGAAACAAAGUCCAGCUACAUUUUGAAAAUUGAAGCCUCUAACAAGAACAUAGACCCAAGGUUCUUGUCCCAGGGACCGUUCAGUGACACGGCCACUGUGCGGAUUACAGUGGAGAAUGUAGAUGAGCCACCCAUUUUCUCCUCUCCUCUCAGUAAGAUGGUUGUGUCUGAAGCAGCCAAAGUGGGAACCAUUAUUGGAACAGUCUCUGCUCUGGACCCUGACUCCACCAACAGUCCCAUCAGAUAUUCAAUAGACCGCAAUACAGACCUGGAGCGAUUCUUUAACAUAGAGGCUGCAACAGGGGUCAUCAGUACAGCAAAGCCACUAGACAGAGAAGUCAAUGCCGUGCACAACAUUACCAUUCUUGCCAUUGAGAGCUUGGACCCCUCUCAGGUGGGAAAAGGAGUGGCUCUGAUAACAGUAAUGGACAUUAAUGACAACGCACCUGUCUUUGCCAUUGAAUAUGAGACGUUCCUCUGUGAGAGUGCUGGACCUGGACAGGUACUGAAGCAUACACUACAUUAUCUCUGUAUCUAAAAAGUCAUUGAGACCAUCAGUGCUGUGGAUAAAGACGAACCUCCCAGUGGUCAUCGCUUCUUCUUUGCUCUGGCUGCAGAGGCUGCUGGGAACCUUAACUUCACACUCAGAGACAACAAAGACAACACAGCAUCCAUUCUGACCAAGAGAGGUGGUUUCCAGCGCCGGGAACAGUCCAUGUACUGGCUACCUGUUCUGAUAGUGGACAGUGGUACACCUUCCCUCAGCAGUACAAACACACUAUCCAUCCGUGUGUGUGACUGUGACGCGGAUGGUGCGCCCCAGUCCUGUGGGACUGAAGCUUCCAUGCUGUCUGCCGGACUCAGUACAGGAGCUCUCAUUGCCAUUCUUGCCUGCAUCCUCACACUUCUGGUGCUAGUGCUCUUGAUUGUGACCAUGCGUCGAAGAAAGAAAGAGCCUCUUAUCCUGGACGAAGACCGGGACGUUCGUGAGAACAUCGUGCGUUACGAUGACGAGGGCGGCGGCGAGGAAGACACUGAGGCAUUCGACAUGGUCACGUUACGCAACCUGAACGUGGUCCGAGACGGGAGCAAGGUUCGGAGAGAUGUCACUCCCGAGGUUCCCACCCUUUACUCCUCCAGACCUCCUCCUUACAAAAUCACCCCUGACAAUGGAAUCUUUCGAGAAUUUAUAUGGGAUCGGCUGAAGGAUGCGGACGUGGACCCGUCUGCUCCUCCCUAUGACUCACUGCAGACAUACGCUUUUGAGGGCAGCGGGUCAGUGGCUGAGUCCCUUAGCUCACUGGAAUCGCUCAGCACGGACUCGGAGCAGAACUAUGACUAUCUUAGCGAUUGGGGACCACGCUUCAGAAAGCUGGCUGACCUGUAUGGGCACAGUGACAGCAGCAAUAUAUUCUCCUCCUAG